AUGGGUGAGCGGGAUUUGCCCCCAAAACGGACCAAUGGACGGCCCCCAAAACGGACCUAUCCGCGCGCGAGAAUGGUUGGAGAUGGAGAUGGAAAGCAUGCAGGUGAAGGGAAGAAGAAGAAGCCGUUUACCUGCAUGAUGUGCGCCAGGGACUUCAGUCGGUGGGACGACUGGCUGCGUCACCAGCAGACGCACCACCACCCCUCACCACCAUGCACACCACCAACCCCAGAAAAAAGGGUUCACCUGCCCAACCUGCGGGCGGGCGUUUUCCCGACGGGAGCAUUUGGUGCGCUGCCAGCGGGAGCGUGGAAAAAAACAACGAGCGUGUGUGCGAUUGCCUGUGGUAAAACUUUUUACCGAUUGUGGGACUGGCGUGUCCAUCAACGUGGGGAACAGGGCCAGUUCGUCAGCAGUGAGACCAGCAGGGUGCAGCAGGGUGUAGGUAUGGCGUCCGCGGAGGAGGCUUUGCCACGUCGUGUGACCCGGGAGCCAAACGAAACCUUGCUGAAACUUACGGCGAGAACAGGAUACACCAUACGGCAAGAAAAAUGGCAAAGAAAGUACGGCGGUCCACCUCCCGACUGGGAAAGCCGGGCUCCUUUAAAGGGUUGUGAAAUUUUCGUCGGAGGUAUUCCAAAAGACUGUUACGAAGACGAGCUCGUUCCAGUAUUUGAGAAGAUAGGAAAGAUUUACGAACUGAAACUCGUAAUGAACCGUCGCUCUGGAUCUGGACCCCAUAGAGGAUAUGGAUUCGUUAAAUACACUAACAAAGAACACGCGAAUCAAGCGGUAAAGGAGCUUCACAACUACGAAAUUCGUAAAGGCCAGCUCUUGUGUGUUCGCAACUCUUCUAAGGUGGUUUUGCACGUGGGGAACCUUAUGUCGACAACUACAGAAGACAAAAUUAGAAAGCUGUGCAGUCAAGUUGUGGGAAGAGAUAACGCUGUGGAAAGAGUAAAGAAGAUAAGAGAUUAUGCAUUCAUUCGUUUUAGCGACAAAGAUGCUGCUAUCAAGGCCAUGGCUAAACUUAAUGGAAUGAAUGUUGAAGGUGCUUACAUUGAGGUUGCAUGGGCAAAAGGAAGAGAGCGGGACCGACACUUGGGUGAGGUUGAUAGAGCAUACAACAGAGGCUCAGAAGCGUUGAAAUCUUGGAAGCAGAAAGAAGUAUCACCUGUCAGGGCUAAUCAGGACUGCCACUUGGGUGAGGUUGAUAGAGCAUACAACAGAGGUCAGGAAGCAUUGGAAUCUUGGAAGCAGAAAGAAGUAUCAUAUGUCAGGGUUAAUCAGGACUGUCACUUGGGUGAGGUUGAUAGAGCAUACAACAGAGGCCAGGAAGCGUUGGGAUCUUGGAAGCAGAAAGAAGUAUCAUCUGUCAGGGGCUAUGGCUAUGAUCCUAGUUACUCGCCUCCAUUGUAUUACAACCCGAUGUCUCCACCACCCGCAAGCAGGGCGUUGGCAGGGCGAGGUCCCAUGGGCAUCAGAAGCCCUGUGCGAGGCCGAGGGAUGAUGCUGAGGGGGUGUGGCUUUAGGAAACAUCCAGCGGAGGUGCUCGAUGACCUUUGUCAGAAGAAUGGAUGGGGAAGUCCUGUAUACCAGCUUCAUUCUCUCAUGGGAAGGGGUGGAAGUGGUGCCCAACAGCUCUUAGAGCUCUUUUUGUACAAGAUCACCAUACCAGCUCUCGGUACUCAGUUUCCAAAUCGUAACCCAUUUACCCCAAAUAAACUGUGUCCUACUGUUGAGGGGGCAAAGGUUUUUGCAGCAGAGUACACUUUGAUGCAGUUAGGUGUGCCUCUUGAAGCCCUAGAGUGCAUUAGCCCACCAUGUCCUUACACCCAGCCGAGCUAUGCCAACCACCCCGACCCACCUGUGGAACGCUUCCAACAGAUCCUGUGA